AUGGCAACAUUAACAACUACAGCUGCUGUAUUACCAUCAAUUCAAUUAAAAGUAAAUUAUAAAGAUUGUAAAGAAAUUAUACGAGAUUUUAUUCAAAAUUAUAAAAGUUUAUCAACAACAGAUAUUGAAGAAAUACAAGAAAAUGAAGAUGGUGAUAUAAAUAUAGAAGAAGAAGAAAUUAAUAAUUUACAUCAAGGUAAAUAUAUGAAAAUUUUACAAAAAAUUGCAAAUAGAGAUGAAACAAAAUUAAAUAUUGAUUUAGAAGAUUUUAAAAAAUUUUUAAUAAAUUAUGAUGCUGAAUCAACUUCAUUAUAUCAAGAACUGAGAAGUUUAUUUCAAACUGUAAUGGAAAAUACUCAUAGAUUUAUUGAAGUAUUUAGUGAUGUUAUUGAUAAAUUAAUACCAAAACCAACGAAAGAUAUAAGUUAUCAUGAUGACGUAUUAGAUGUUAUAUUAAAUCAAAGAAAAUUAAGAAACCAAAGAAUUCAACAAGAAUCAAAUGAAGAAUUUAAUAUGUUAAGAGAUGGAUUAUCUCAACCAAUUGAUGGAUAUGUUGAUAUGGAAGAUCCAUCAGAUUUACAUUUAUUUCCUGCAAAAUUAACAAGAAGAUAUUGUUUAUAUUUUAAGCCACCAGUAUCAGAAUAUGAUAAAUCUUUAUCAGUUAGACAAACAAAGGGGAAAUUUGUUGGGCAUUACAUUACUGUAAGAGGUAUAGUUACAAGAGUAAGUGAUGUUAAACCAAGUGUUUUAGUUAUUGCAUAUACUUGUGAUAAAUGUGGUUAUGAAAUUUUUCAAGAAGUUAAUUCAAAAGUUUUCACUCCUUUAACUGUAUGUAAUUCACCAGUUUGUUCAGCAGAUAAUAAUAAAGGUCAAUUAUUUAUGUCAACAAGAGCUUCAAAAUUUUCAAGUUUUCAAGAAGUUAAAAUUCAAGAAAUGUCAAAUCAAGUUCCUGUGGGACAUAUUCCAAGAAGUUUAACUAUUCAUGUAAAUGGAGAUUUAGUUAGAUCAAUGAAUCCUGGUGAUACUGUUGAUGUAAGUGGUAUAUUUAUGCCAUCUCCAUAUACUGGGUAUAGAGCUUUAAAAGCUGGUUUAUUAACUGAAACAUAUUUAGAAGCUCAAUAUGUUAAACAACAUAAGAAACAAUAUGAAUUAAUGGAUUUAUCAGGUAAUGUAGAUUCUCAUAUUAUGGAAUUAAGAUAUGGAAAUGUCGAUAUAUAUAAUCAAUUAGCAAAAUCAAUAGCUCCAGAAAUUUAUGGACAUUUAGAUGUUAAAAAAAUCUUAUUGUUGUUACUUUGUGGUGGUGUUACAAAAGAAAUUGGUGAUGGAUUAAAAAUUAGAGGUGAUAUAAAUGUUUGUCUUAUGGGAGAUCCAGGUGUAGCUAAAUCACAAUUAUUAAAAGCAAUAAAUAAAAUUGCACCGAGAUCUGUUUAUACUACUGGUAGAGGUUCUUCAGGAGUUGGUUUAACUGCUGCAGUAAUGAGAGAUCCAAUAACUGAUGAAAUGAUUUUAGAAGGUGGUGCAUUGGUUUUAGCAGAUAAUGGUAUAUGUUGUAUUGAUGAGUUUGAUAAAAUGGAAGAAAAUGAUCGUACUGCCAUUCAUGAAGUUAUGGAACAACAAACUAUUUCAAUUUCAAAAGCUGGAAUUACAACUACUUUAAAUGCAAGAACUUCAAUAUUAGCAGCAGCAAAUCCAUUAUAUGGUAGAUAUAAUACAAAAUUAUCACCACAUGAAAAUAUUAAUUUACCAGCAGCAUUAUUAUCAAGAUUUGAUAUAAUGUUUUUAAUAUUAGAUCAACCGAAUAGAGAAAAUGAUGAAAUGUUAGCAAGACAUGUCACAUAUGUUCAUAUGCAUAAUAAACAACCAAAUUUUAUAAAUAAUGAAGAUGGAGAAGAAGAUUUUGAACCAAUUGAUUCAAAAACUAUAAGAGAAUAUAUAUCAAAAGCAAGAACUUAUAGACCAAUAGUUCCUAAAGAAGUCGGAGAUUAUGUUGUACAAUCAUAUAUAAAUAUGAGAAAAGAAUCUCAUAGAAAUGAAGGUUCAAUUAAAAAAUUCAGUCAUAUUACACCAAGAACUUUAUUAGGUAUAUUAAGAUUAUCACAAGCAUCAGCAAGAUUAAAAUUUUCAAAUAUAGUAACAAUGGAAGAUGUUGAUGAAAGUUUAAGGUUAAUUGAAGUUUCCAAAUCUUCAUUAUUUUCAGAUCAAGAAGAAAUUAGAGAUGAUGAAUCAACCACUUCAAAAAUUUUCCAAAUUAUUAGAAAUUUAUCAAUAGAUGAUUCAACAGGAAAUUUGAAAAAACAUUUAUCUAUGCAAUUAAUCAAAGAUAGAGUUAUUGCUAAAGGUUUUACACAACAACAAUUAGAUGAUUGUAUGUUUGAAUAUGAUGGGGUUGGAUUAUGGCAAAUUAUUGAUAAUGGAGAAACUUUAAUGUUUACAAACACUGGUGAUGAAAAUAAUGAUGAUGAUGAUGCAAUGGAAGAUUAA